AUGUCUCCAGAGAUAUCUGAUAUUGAAAAGACAUCAAUAUUGGAUAAACAAGAUUAUGUGCCUGAAGUAUCAAGAAAGAAAUUACUAGUACUAGUUCUUCUUUGGAUAAGUAAUAAGAAAAAUUGUAUUCAAAAGCUUGCUAAUAAUAUAAUUAAAUGA